AUGUCAAUACCACAUCAAAUUUAUGUUAUUCAGCGUAAGCCACCGCAAAAAUGCGUUUCUAGGAAAUAUGAAGAGCAUCGAGAAGUUGUUGCAAAGAGAAGAAGAAGAGUUCAAGAAAUAUACUCAUCGAUAGAGAAAAUUCUUCGCUCUUUCCCAAAAGUCAAAAAGCGAUCAGAGCUUCUAAUCAUUGCCAGUGCAUUUUCUCAUAAAUUAAAUAUAAAAAUAGAUAGAGAUGCAAAGCGUUUAAAUGAGUGUUUAAUUUGUUGGUAUUGCGAAAAUUGGCAUCUUAUUAAGUCUAUUUUGUUUCCUACUUAUCAUGAACUUUACUUUAGUGGCGCAUUUAAUAUAAUCUCGCCCAAUUUUGAUAUUGAUGUGUUUGAAUCAGAUUUAGGAACGUUUAUUAAUAAAUUCGAUGAUUUAAAUAUUCGACCAUUUGAAAACCCUGAAUAUGAAUGCAAAAUUCCUGAAAUACUUGAUGAACCUCUUUAG